GAGAUCGAGGAUGCGCCGUGGGGAUUUCAAGAUGUCGGCAUCCCGCAGCGCUGUCAGGGACUCGAAUCUCCCCUUUCCCCUUUCGUUUUGUUUAGCAAGAGGGAUUUUAGGGAUUGAGAGAGAGCUCCUCGCAUCACAGCAGCUAUGGCGGUCGACAACGCGGCUUCGAGAAUCGGAAGCGCGGCGGCAACAAUGCGGCAGCGGCGGCCGUGAGGAAGCUGGGAGUCUCAAGAAACGCCGAGUAGAAGACGAGCAAAUGAAAGUCACUCCACCAAGUACAUGCCCUGUUUGCGUCUGGAAUCGUUGCAGGGAGUCUCUGUGAUUGGAUCGUCCAUGACUAUCAGAGUUCCUAGUCUUCGAUUACUUCGUCCUCUCGCCCUUCUAUGAUCGCUCUUGCUCCAAUGAGCAGCUGCGAAUGCGCUCUGUCCAUCCCCUCGACAUGACCCAGCUCUUGUAAGAAUCAAGCUCCUUGUUCUUCCUUCG